AAACAAAAAAAAACAGUUGGAUGGGAAAAAGAGAGACUCUUUUUGACCUUGGAAAAUGAAGAUGCUGUUGCCAUGGGAACUGUUAAUCCUUCUGUCACUCAAGGACUGUCUCGCAGAGAGAAAUAUCCGGCACGGGCCUGUUUUCACUCAAGAGCCCAGUGACAGCAUUUUCCCUCUAAACUCUGAAGAUAACAAGGUUUUCAUUAACUGCAAAGCUAAAGGCAACCCCCCUCCACAUUACAGAUGGAGGUUCAACGAUCAAGACAUUGAUAUCGACAUGGACUCCAACUACAACCUUGUGGAAGGAAACUUGUUGAUCAAGAGACCACAGGCCAGCCAGCAUGGCGGCAUAUACCAGUGCAUAGCAAGCAAUGCCAUUGGAACCAUUGUCAGCCGUGAAGCUAAAGUGCAGUUUGCGUUCCUGCAGCCGUUCAGCAGCAAGCCGAGGAACGCCGUGUCGGUGCGAGAAGGUCAGGCGGUCGUUCUCUUGUGCGGUCCGCCCCCUCAUUUCGGAGAGAUCAAAUACUCGUGGAUCUUUAACGGGCAGCCGGGGUUUCUGGUGCGGGACAAGCGGCGCUUCGUGUCCCAGCGGACGGGCAACCUCUACAUCGCCAAGGUGGCGGCGUCGGAUGUGGGCAACUACACGUGCGUGGUGCGCAACGUGAUGACCAACGCCACCGUCUACAGCUCCCCCUCGCCCGUGGUCCUGCGCUCGGACGCUGUGAUGGGGGAGUAUGAGCCAAAGAUUGAAGUCCAGUUUGGAGAAACCAUCCACGUCGCCAAGGGAUCCUCGGUCAAGCUGGAAUGUUUCGCCUUAGGAAAUCCAGUGCCUUCCAUCUCGUGGCGGAGAGCAGACGGGAGCCCGCUGCCCGGCAAGAUCAAGAUCAACCACUCCAACGGGGUCCUGGAGAUCCCCUACUUCCGUCCGGAGGACGCCGGCCUGUACGAGUGCAUCGCCGAGAACGCCAGAGGACGGAACGUCGCCAGAGGACAGCUCGUUUUCGACAAUGUUGAGCAUCUGCACUGGGCACAGACUCUGAGGGACGCGCACAUGGCCAUCGAGGCCAGCCUGCAGUGGGAGUGUCGGGCAAAUGGCAAGCCCAGGCCCUCGUACAAAUGGCUCCGAAACGGAGAGCUCGUCACGACCGGGGACAGGGUACGAGUGGAGGAGGGCAGGUUAUUCAUCACCAACAUUAACGUGAUGGACGCAGGGAUGUACCAGUGCGCAGCGAUCAACCAGCAUGGGGUCAUUUAUGCCAGCGCCGAGCUCAAAGUAGUGGCGUCGCCACCAGACUUUUCCAGGAAUCCGGUGAAGAAGUCCACGCUGAUCCAGCAGGGCGGGGAGGCCAUCAUGGAGUGUCGGCCGCACGCCUCCCCCCGAGCCUCCUACUCCUGGCGCAGGGGCGGCGACUUCCUGAAGAACACCAAGCGGCGCACCAUCCUGGAGGACGGGACUCUCCGCAUCGCCAAUGUUAGCAAAUCCGAUGGAGGCCGAUACACCUGCGUCGCUCGCAACCCUUUUGGAACCGCCAGCAGCACUGGCAUGCUGGUAGUGAAAGAGCCCACCAGGAUCACGGCUCCGCCCCUGAGCAUGGACGCCACGGUGGGGGAGAGCAUCGUGUUCCCCUGCGUCAUCUCCACCGACUCCACGCUGGAGCCCACCUUCAAGUGGUUCUUCAACGGCAAGCUCCUCGAUUUCACCAGGCAGGAUCACUUUGAGAUGAUCGGCGGGGGCUCUGCAGGUGACCUGAUGAUCAGAAAUAUUCAGCUCAAGCACUCGGGAAAAUAUGUCUGCAUGGUGCACACGUUGGUGGACAGCGUGUCGGCCGCGGCUGACCUACUUGUGCGAGGGUCCCCUGGCGCUCCCGAGGGCGUGGUCGUGGGUGAGAUCACCGACACGACUGCCCAGCUCUCCUGGGUCCCGGGGUCUGACCACCACAGUCCCAUCACCAGCUACAUUGUCCAGGCAAGGAAUCCUUUCUCCAUAGGUUGGCAGGCAGUCAAAACAGUGCCAGCGACCGUGCCCGGGCAGAUGCUACAUGCCACCGUGGUGGCCCUGAACCCCUUUGUGGAUUACGAAUUCCGAGUGGUGGCUGUCAACAGCGUGGGCGUGGGCGAGCCCAGUGCGCCGUCCAGGCAAAUCCGCACCAAAGCGGCAGCGCCAGAGAUCGCCCCAGCCAGCGUGAGUGGUGGAGGUGGCAACCGUGGAGAACUGGUAAUAGGAUGGGAGCCCGUCCCGGAGGAGCACCAGAACGGAGAGGGAUUUGGCUACGUCGUGGCUUUCCGACCCGUCGGCACGACGACCUGGAAGCAGGCGGUGAUGGCGUCCUCCGAGGCCUCCAAGUACACGUUCAAGAACGACAGCCUGCCGCCGCUGGCCCGGUACGAGGUGCGCGUGGGAGUGUACAACGGCGUGGGUGAGGGCCCGUUUAGCGACGUGGCCAUCGUCUACUCGGCGGAGGAGGAGCCCUCGAUUGCCCCCUCGAAGGUGUGGGCGCGUACCCUGUCUGCCUCGGAAAUCCAGGUUUACUGGGAGCCCAUCGCGGAGACGGAGAGCAACGGGAAGAUCUUCGGUUACGAGGUGGUGUGGCGUGAGGAGGGGGCGGCGGAGAGCGCGGGGGAGAGCGUGCGGGUCACGGACGCGGCGGCCACCAUCACGGGGCUGAAGGGCAGCACGGCGUACCUCAUCUCCGUCAGCGGCCACAACAGCGCCGGCACAGGACCCCCCAGCAGCCCCCUCAAUGUCACCACCAAGAAGCCACCACCGAGCCAUGCUCCGGCCAAUAUAGAGUGGAACUUAACCAACUCGAAGAUACUGUUGAACUGGGAACACGUGAAGGCCAUGGACAAUGAGUCAGAUGUCACCGGCUACAAGGUAGUGUAUCGGCAGAAUUGGCUGGGUCGCGCCAGCAUCGUGGAGACCAACCGGACUUGUGUGGAGCUGCAGCUUCCCUCAGGAGAGGACUACCUCAUCGAAAUCAGGUCACAGAGUGAGGGGGGAGACGGCAGCAGCAGCGGUCCCAUAAGGAUACCAAAGAUGUCCAGUCUUAAUUCAAAAGGCCAUUCGAAUGCAGACAUCAGCAAAGUAGCAGACUUCUGUGCAAUGAUUUUUGUAGUGUCGCGGCUGGUUCUAUAGAAUU